AUGGCCGUUGCGUGCCCCCGCCCGCACGUCCCUGCUGGCGGAACCGCUGUGCCGCUGGCCCCGCCCCGCUGCUGCUACUGCUUCUCAGCUGCUGCCGCUGCUCUGCUUCCCUGUGCACCCGCCAUGGAUCGCGCGCGCCCCCACCGACACCGUUCGCCUUCACCGCGCACGUGCCUCGCUCGCGGCCGCGGUCACCGCAUCUGCGGCCCCCUCCCCGUGCGCACCCAACGCCGCCCCCGCGCCCUCCUAGCCUCGCCGCCUCUGCGUGGCCGCGCUCCAUCGCGGUUCCUCGCAUGCCCGCGCGCGCCCCGUACGCGCCUUGCCUCGAAAAAAGGAAAAAAAGAAAAGAUAACCCCCACCCGCAGCCCAAACCCUAGCUCAGAUCCAUCCCCCCGUCACACCCUUCUCCCUCCCAUCUCCUCGCCGUCGCCGCCCCCCUCCCGAUCCACUCCUCUCUCGCCUCAUCCCUCCCACAGCUCGCCGCCGACGGCCUCUCCUCUCCCAUUCGCUUCCGUCCCACAGCACGCGAAACGCCUCGUCCUUGAUCCAAAGCGCCGCCGCCUCCUCCCCGAUCCAGAUCCUAACACAACCCGCCCUCUCCCUCCCUCAGAUCUCGAUCCGCCGUCGCCCUCACCCCCACCAUCGACGACCCUCACCGUAGACGAGAUCGCCGCGUCUCCUCCUCCCCUCUCCCGCGUCCCACCCUACACCCUCGGUCACCGCCUCGCCCUCCACAGCGCCGCCUACGGCGGCUACCUGACGGCCAUGGACGAACCGGCGCCGCUAGGCCACCACGGGUGCCGCAUCGAGCAGCGCGACUACGAGAAACGGGAGGAGGAGGACGUCAGGUGGAAGCCCGUCAGGCUCGUGCACGGGAACUACAUCCUGCUCCGCCACACCAGCGGCCGCUUCCUCCGCGCCAACGGGAAGUACCUCCCCUGGAACAAUGGCUCAAGCAUCGACAACUUCGACACCGUCAGCACGAUGACUCACUCGGUCGUGGAGCGCAUCCCGUCCAGGGAGGGCAUGCCUGAGACAGCGUGUCCCAGGCCAGCACCGGAUCACCGGGAGGAGGAGCUUGCUGCAGACCAAGAUGGGAGUCGGUCAUCAUUCAUUUGAUGCAGUGCACCAUGGACGCGAUGGCCGCUUCAUCCGCUGCCCCGGCGCCAUGGAGUGGCUAGAGCUGGCUGUGGACGACAACGCCCAGCGACAAGGGAUGGCCUGGCCUGCCACCCCGAAGCCCUAACAAGGCGGCUGAGGAAUCAGGAGGGGUACUUAUACCGUCGCCCCUCAUGUGGACGCGCCGGACCUCAAGGCCAGGCCAGGCGUACUGCUGCUGCUGGGUAGAGUCCGGCCACACUACUGCUAGGCCUUCGAGUACAAGAGAAUGCUGCUUGACUAACACGACCAACAAGUUCCGCCAGUGCGAGGCAAGCGACCGAGGUGGCUACUGUUGUGACCGAAGAUCAGAAGAAGCCUGGAGAUGUGCACAAUAGUUUUGGUGCCUCUGUAUUUGUUUCUGAUUGUAUGUACACUUGAUGGAUCGUGCAGAUGUGCUGUUCCGAGUUUCAUAGAGUGAUUUUUGGAUGUGAUCAUUUAAUUGUGAGAAUUAUUGAUUGCUUGCUGUUGAAAUGUGUAAAAUUGAAA